AUGUUAGAUGUACUAAGCGAUUUAUAUAUAAUCACUACUAACCAAAUUCAGAUUCUGGUACGAUUACAAACCGCAUCAGCCCCUGGACAGUCAUUACUUUCCAUGUUGUAUCGUAUCAUAACCAAAGAGGGAUUCUUCAAGAUCUAUUCUGGGUUGACUGCGUCACUUUUGAGACAAGCCACUUAUUCAACAACUCGAUUUGGGAUCUAUGAAGCACUCAAAGGGUAUUACGUCAAUAAAAGUCACAACCAACAUCCCGGUACCGCAGUCUUGUUACCAUUGUCCAUGGCAGCUGGAGCAACGGGUGGACUUAUAGGUAACCCUGCCGAUGUUGUUAAUAUUAGGAUGCAAAAUGAUGCAACCUUACCUAUUGAUCAAAGACGAAAUUAUAGAAAUGCAUUGGACGGUUUGUACAAAAUAUGCAAGAAUGAGGGGAUGGGCUCCCUAUUUCGCGGUCUAUCUCCUAACUUAGUUCGAGGCGUGUUGAUGACAGCAUCGCAAGUCGUUACCUAUGAUAUUGCGAAAGUUUUUUUGAUUGACCAAAUACGUAUGGAUCCGUCAAAAAAGUCGACCCAUUUUGGUGCAUCCUUGAUUGCAGGAUUAGUUGCUACUACAGUUUGCUCUCCAGCAGAUGUUGUGAAAACGAGGAUUAUGAAUAGUAAGGGAAGUGGUCAGAACGCAAUUAGCAUUUUCAAAAAUGCAGUUAGCCAAGAAGGAGUUGGGUUCAUGUUCAGGGGGUGGCUUCCAGCUUUCAUUAGGUUGGGCCCACAUACAAUUGUCACGUUCUUGGUAUUGGAGCAGUUGAGAGGUUUGAGACUCGGCAUGUGA